ACAUUGAGUACCAUCCAGUUAGUCAAAAUGAACUUUUAUCAAAAUCACCUAUGAAUUUACAUUGUAUUAAUGAGUAAUUAAAUAUGAACGUAAAAUUAAAAAGCGUUACUACAAAAGCUUAAGAAGAAACAUGGUUUUGAGCUUUUUAAUGAGAACAUCAAAUUUUAGGGCAAAGAAACUGGUAUGCUUCUCUAGAGAUGAAAUGUUCAACAUAGUAUCCGAUGUAAAUAACUACGAAUCAUUUCUUCCUUUUUGCACUAAGUCAACCAUAUUGGACAACGUUUACGAUGAUGGAUCUUCCACGCAAUGGACAGCUUCUUUAGAAAUAGGUUUUCCACCAAUUACAGAACAUUUUACAUCGACGGUCGUCGCUAACAAGCCACACUCGGUACAAGCCUAUUGCAAAGAUGGUAAACUUUUCGAUUAUUUAGAAACCACAUGGAUAUUUGAUUCGGUUCCUUCGGGUGAUCCCAAAACUUGCAUAGUGGAUUUCUCAGUACGGUUCCAAUUUAAGUCGGUAUUUUACGCGCAUCUGGCGUCCUUAUUUUUGAAUAACUUGGUGGCAAACAUGGAAGAUGCUUUUAUUCAGGAAGCUAGGAGGAGAUACGGAAGGCUAUCUGCGCCGGUCUUCGAAAUCAAGACUGAAAAUAUUGCUGAUGAAUAUAAAUAGUUGCCUGAUUUUGCAAUAUACCCAAUUUAAAUAAACCGAUUUUUAAAAUGUUUUAAUUGUUUUUUUUUAACUGUUUAUCCAAAACAUGAUCAAAAACAUUUUAAAAACAAUAUGAUCGAGAUUGCAAAAUACGAAGCAAUUCGCGAUUGCUCCAGGCCGUACAGGUUAGGUAAAUUAGUUAAGUGUAUUUUUUAAGGAUCAGGAAGUG